GUAGUCAAUCUCACUGAUGGUAUGUCCAAAGGAAUAUACAACGGCAAGAAAUACCAUGUGGCAGAUAUUGUUGCAGUACUCAGCAGGGCUUGGAGCGCCGGUGUUGAUCGAAUUAUUGUUACUGGUGGAUUUCUAGAGGAAUCAAAAGAAGCUCUUGCUAUUGCUGAAACUGAUGCAAGACUUUUUUGCAUGGUUGAUGUGCACCCAACAAGAUGCAAAGUGACUGUUGAUACUCUUCUGAAUGCCAUCCUUAAGUUAUUGAAUGUGUGAGAAUAAGGAUGAAUGGAUACAUUUGUGAUCGAUUCAGGAAUUUGAUGAGAGUGGGGAUCCCGAAAAGCAUUUUCAGUCUCUUCUCUCAUUG